GCAGUUUGAAGAGUUAAUAACAACAACAAGAAACAACAAACACCAAAGGGAGUUAAGUGCCGGAAACUGGGUCUGGCUCAGAGGUGGAGCUGGAAAGUGACCAGACCCCAUCCGCCGGUACCAGUACUGGGACCUUGAAGCCAACUUGAUCAAUCCGCAGAAGUGCCUGGGUCCCCAGCAGCCUCAGAAAUGAGUGAACUGUACAGCAAAGCCGAGACCAUCUUGCUCCGGAAAAAAUACCUCGGGCCAUCCUGUAAAGUUUUCUUCGCCAAAGACCCCCUCAAGAUAGUUCGGGCCAAGGGCCAAUACAUGUUUGAUGAAAAUGGGGAACAAUACCUGGACUGCGUCAAUAAUGUUGCGCAUGUGGGACACAGCCACCCAGAAGUGAUCAAGGCUGCCGUGGAACAGAUGGAGCUGCUAAAUACAAAUUCCCGAUUCCUCCAUGACAGCAUUGUCGAGUAUGCCAAACGCCUUUCCGAAACUCUGCCAGAGAAACUCUCUGUUUGCUAUUUUGCUAAUUCAGGAUCCGAAGCCAAUGAUCUUGCCUUACGCCUAGCCCGGCAAUACAGAGAUCACCAAGAUGUGAUCACACUUGACCAUGCCUACCAUGGUCAUGUUUCUUCUUUGAUUGAAAUCAGUCCAUAUAAAUUCCGAAAAGGCAAAGACAUCAAAAAAGAAUUUGUACAUGUAGCACCAGCUCCAGAUACCUACCGAGGAAAAUAUCUGGAGGACCAUCCAGAUCCAGCUGGUGCUUAUGCAGACGAAGUGAAGAAAAUUAUCGAAGAAGCCCAGAAAAAUGGGCGUAAGAUUGCUGCUUUUAUUGCUGAAUCCAUGCAGAGCUGUGGAGGCCAAGUCAUUCCACCAGCAGGCUACUUCCAGAAAGUGGCAGAAUAUGUCCGCAAAGCAGGGGGUGUGUUCAUAGCUGAUGAAGUUCAAGUUGGUUUUGGUAGAAUUGGGAAACAUUUUUGGAGCUUCCAGAUGUGUGGUGAAGACUUCGUACCAGACAUUGUUACCAUGGGUAAACCGAUGGGCAAUGGACACCCGCUGUCUUGUGUUGUGACAACCCAGGAAAUUGCAGAAGCCUUCAGUGCUUCUGGAAUGGAGUAUUUUAACACGUAUGGAGGAAAUCCAGUGUCCUGUGCUAUUGGCUUGGCUGUCCUGGAUGUAAUUGAAAAGGAAGAUCUUCAAGAAAAUGCCACACAAGUUGGAAAUUACCUAAUUGAGUUACUGAACAAGCAAAAAGCAAAACAUCCAUUGAUAGGGGAUAUCAGGGGCAUUGGCUUUUUUAUUGGAAUUGACUUAGUGAAGGACCAACAGAAAAGGACCCCCGCCACAGCUGAGGCACAACAUGUCAUCUAUAAGAUGAAAGAACAGAGAAUACUUCUCAGUGCUGAUGGUCCCUAUAGGAAUGUUCUUAAAAUAAAACCCCCAAUGUGCUUCACAAAGGAAGAUGCUAAGCUGAUGGUGGAACAACUGGAUAUAACUCUAACAGUUUUAGAAGAAGCCACAGGAACCAGGACUGAAAGGCUUAAUGAGGUAAGCUCAAACAAUGCCAGCGACAGCACCAGUCAGGCCGGUGAAAACAUCAGUAAAAAGAGAAACGGACUGUACACGGAAAAACACACAGUGCCUGGGAAAAGGAUCAGGACGUGAGACUCGUGGAUGCAGACAAACGGAACAGCUGGCCUUAAAAAGAAAGAGCAGAAAUGCCCAGCAGUUUUCUUGGCAUUUCCUGCUGUUAUUAGCCUCUGCACUUAAUGGUGGCACGUAGAGUGGUUGUUUUUUGUUUGGAUUUGUAAAUAACCUGAUCAAUAAGUAAUAUGCAAAAACCAACUGCUAAUCAAAACACCUGGCCUAGGAAGUCCUUACCUUCGUGAAUCUGAGUGCUUAAUUUAUGCUGCUGUAUGUGAAAUUAAAAUAUGUAAAUCCAA